AUGGCAUUCAACGGGGCCGCCUCGGCUCCCACCGCGGAGAUGGACAUCGACAUGGACCUCGAUCUGGGACCUGAGCCUGAGCCCGAGUCAAUUCAGAUCGAAACAACCUCGAACAUCGAGCCCACCCUCGAUCCCCUCACCGAUGAAGCGGUCUAUGAGAAAGUGCAUGUUCGCGGCGUCGAUGAAAUGACCACAGACGAUAUCAAACAAUUCGCUCGCGAAUGCUCUGGACAAGAACCAGUACGCGUCGAAUGGAUCGACGACACCUCCGCCAACAUCAUCUACUCCUCCACCGAGGCCGGCCUCCAAGCUCUCACAGCUCUCACCCAAGUCCCCGAGGAUGAAGACGCGUCUACCCUGCCACCUUUGCGUCUCCGAUCGGCUAAACUCCCCUCCUCCCAUCCUGAUUCCGUCCUCCAGGUGCGAUCGGCUGUCAAAUCAGACCGCAAGCAAGCACGCGCCCAUGAGAAGAGUCGCUUCUAUCUUAUGCACCCAGAGCACGAUCCCCGAGAACGCCUGCGACAGGAGUUCGCAGACAGGAGACGUAGUGACGAUGCAGGAGAGGGGGAUUACAGACGGCGCAGGUUCGACGACCGCGAGCACCGACGCCGCCGAGAUCGCGACGAGGAUGACCACUUCAAUGCCGAUAUGUACGAUGACAACGCUGGCUCAGGUUACUCGGAACCUGGGCGUGCCCGUGGAGAGCGCAAAGGUCGUGGCCAGAAGGAACUCUUCCCAGAGGACGAGAGCCGAUCAAGUGGACGUCUCCGGAAUCGCAGUGCGUCACCGGGUCGAGACACGCUAGAGGAAGAAUUGCGGGGUGACCGAGGGGGACGUGAUAAUGGCAGGCGGUUCCGUGAGAGGUCGCCACGAUACGGUCGCCAGAACAAGAGCAAGGAACUCUUCCCAAGUGCAGGCGAGAGCGAGUCAGGAACUCGCGAGCUUUUCCCCAAUAAGCCCACAUCCAGUUACAUCAAGAAGGAGUUGCUGCCUAGCAAGUCCAGUCAUCAUCGCCGAUCAGAUGCAUUUGACGCCUCUUCCGUUCCAGGUAGCUCCGAACACCGACGCCAGAGCAAUGUCGAGCUUUUCCCUGAUUCCACCAACAAUGGCGCCCGCAUUCGUGGAGCGGCUGCCGAGGAUCAAGGGUUUGCCAUCCGGGGCGGUGCAUCGAAUGGCAUGUCUAUCAAGGGCAUGGGUGCGUCGGUGCGCGAGCUGUUUCCUUCGAAGUACGACAAUAACAACAACGCCAAUGCUGGCAAGGAAUUGUUCUCCGAUACGCUGGAGGGACGCGGUGGUCGCCGGCGCCGAGCCGAGGAUAUGUUCAGCUGA